AUGAUGCCCCAGAUGCUCGAGCCUGCAGUAUACCAUCCUGCGGCCCCCAGCACCAGGGUACCCUCCCACCAUGCCUCGUCUCCGCUGGACCAGAGACAGGCACUUAAUAAUACCACAAACGACGACUGUCCCAUCCCCCCUUACUACCUUGCUCGACACUCAACCUCUUCGCCAUUCCAGACCAGUCCAACAUCGCCAUCCAUCAUCGACGACUUCCCUACCCCCAAGGCCCGCCUGUUCUACAUGUCUCAACAGUCAUCACCGCCCUUGCCUACCCACUCGGCAACGUUCCCGCCACCGAGCCGGCAGAGCCGUACAGACAGUGACUUCGACUCCUUGUACGACAUCACUGAUGAUGAAGCCGAGGUGCCUCUCCACGCAUCAGCAUCAGUCAAGAAGCUUGCAACACAGCCAAGGAGAAGACGCUACCCAUCUAUUGUCAUCCCCUCCCCAUCUGCUUGGCCAACUAUUGAGAAGUUGAAGAGUGCCAACUCGGCCAUGCCCGUCACUCCCUCAUUGAUGCUCACUCCUUCACGCCGUUUCCUCGACAUGAUCAACUCUCAUAAUCUGCAGGUGCCAGAGCACUCAGCCGCCCCGUCCUUGGAUGGCAGCCUCACAUCAGAAGAGAUGGACAGGCUCAGCUGCCCAGCUACUCCAAUAUCACAGCGCAGGUGUGGAUCCCCCUCAAGCUCCGACUCCUGGGGUCCUGUCCAACUCGACCUUCAAGCCAUGGAGACGCUCCAGCACCUUGGCAACUCACCUUCCACUGAACAGCACGACGCGUCAAGGCAACAAGAGCCAGGAACAGGCGUGACAGGAGGUGAGAUGCGCGAAGUUUCUCGGCCUAGUCUCGGCCUCAACAUCCCCUCUGCCUUUUUCGGAAAUGGAUCCUCUGGUAGUACUCCCAUCUCUGCCCUCUCAGUCCCAUCGCCAGGCGGCUUCUUCUCUUCACUGCAAUCGACCGCUCGUCACACAUGGAGCAUUCCUAAGCGACAGGAUUCUAUCCCAAACACUUCCACUGCUGAGAAGUUUUACAAUCUUCCAUGGGAGAGGGAGAGCCGCAGAAAUACCUCUCCACACCCCGGGCCAGCGGUACCGGCUCCUCCACGCCGAAACUCUACUUUACAAGGAUCCACCCUUGAUGGUUUUGACGAGCCUUUGCCAACAUCACGACCGGUCAUUCUCAGCCCGACUGACGAAAAUGUUGAGAUUAAGGAGAUCAAUCCUAGCAAGACGGUGUUCCAGUAUAAUGAGAACUAUAACGCUGAGCUCCAAAAAGCAUCUUCUGCGAAUCUUGAAAUGACGGGUCGGUGGUUGGAGGAACAAGAUGAGCUACAGGCUGCGCUCCGCGAUAUCAACGACAUCAGCUCGCCCAGCCUCUCCAGCGGAACUCACAGCCGCGGCAACUCACUCGACAAGGCUGUGGUCAAGAAAUCGGUCAAGUUUGCUGAUGAGCCGGCCAAGUCUCCAGUGAAAGAGUCGGCUACUGAGCCUGUGACAACUUACGUGCAAGGCCUUGAGUACCUCCGCUCUCGUUGCCAGAAGAAGGAUACGUUCAUCCACCGUCAGACACGCGCUGAGGCUCUGCAUGUGCAGCGUCGCUGCAGUCCAUUGGCGCACCGUGAUCAGCUUCUGGGCAAGUUUGAGCUCAACCAGCCGGAUCGCCCAGCACCACCACGACCAGUAUCUGAAUUCUUUGUCAACGACCCGACUGUUUUGAAGGAGAGAAUUGCACGGGCGCAGAUGGAACGCCAAGCGCUCGACCAGAUGCUGCCUAUCCACUGGGUUCUGCAGGCCCAAAAACAACUCAAUGGAGGAAGGUUGCUGAGUAAGGCUGCUGCACGACGGGUUACGCGUGCCAGUGCACCUCGCAUUCUCGACAUUGGCGGCGUUGCGACCAACGACUGGGCAUGGGACGUUGCCUACGAUUUCCCAUACGCCACCGUGAUUACGGUUUACACAGAAGGCAACAACAUGUCUUCGAAUGUCAAGGGCCCAAGCAACCACAAGCACAUGACCGUCCCCAACUUGUGGACUCUUCCCUUUCCCUCGGGCCACUUUGAUGUCAUCUCGGCGCGCACCCUGUACGAGCUUCUCAAGACCAGGAAGCCCAUGGGCAGGUCGUCGGACGAGUACGACUUGUGCCUGAAGGAGUGCUACCGAUGCCUGAAGCCCGGAGGCAUUCUCGACUACUCACUCAUGGACGCAGAUGUGGUGCACGCAGGCCGCAACGCGCAAGCCAUGGGCGUCGAGUUUGGCUUCAACCUCAAGACACGCGGCUAUGAUGCGCAGCCCACAAAGGCUUUUCUCCCGCGCAUCUCCAAAGCUGGAUUCAAGGAAGUGCAAAGAGCUUGGAUGUUUCUGCCCAUGGGCAAGACGGCCGCCAACUGGCGCGAUACGCUUGCGGUUGGAGCUGAGCCGAAGCACCAAGAACGUAGGAUUGCAGAGGAUGGUAGUAUUGAGGUUGAGGAUGCGCCAGUACUCGGCACGACUAUUGAUGCUGCGAUGCUGACUGGUAUUGUCGGUAGCUGGGCGUGGGAGAGGUGGCUGUUGAGAUUGCAGAUGGAGAUGGGCAAGGAUGAGGACAAGUUGCUUGAGGGUGUAGUCAAUGUGCUGGAAGAAGGCGCACAGGGCCACUCUGGAUGGAGGACCUUGACUGGUUGGGCGAGGAAGUAA